AUGCGGUUCGACGUCAAACGACAACUCUUUGCUCGCUCCGAGCGAGUCAAGGGGAUUGACUUCCACCCCACAGAGCCAUGGAUUCUGACGACAUUAUAUAGCGGCCAUGUCUACAUCUGGUCUUAUGAGACCCAGUCAAUUAUCAAAACAUUCGAGCUUACCGAUGUCCCUGUAAGAGCUGGUCGGUUCAUUGCGCGAAAGAACUGGAUUGUCUGCGGCUCAGAUGACUUCCAGCUGAGGGUAUACAAUUACAAUACCUCGGAGAAGAUCAUUUCCUUUGAAGCUCACCCAGACUACAUUCGAUCGAUCGCCGUUCACCCAACGCAUCCGUUCGUUUUGACCGCUUCAGAUGAUAUGACAAUCAAAUUGUGGGAUUGGGACAAAUCAUGGAAGUGUGUGCAGGUAUUCGAAGGCCAUAGCCACUAUGUUAUGGGCCUUGCCAUCAAUCCCAAGCACACCAACACGUUUGCUUCAGCGUGUCUUGAUAGAACCGUCAAGAUAUGGAGCUUGGGCUCACCUAACCCCAACUAUACCCUUGAAGCGCAUGAGACCAAGGGUGUAAACCACGUCGAGUAUUACCCACAGGCUGAUAAGCCGUAUCUUCUCACAACAUCUGAUGACAAGACUGUUAAAGUCUGGGAUUACACCACAAAGGCAUUGAUUGCUACUUUGGAAGGACACACUAGCAACGUAUCUUUCGCUUGCUAUCAUCCAGAGCUUCCAAUCAUUAUAUCUGGUUCCGAAGAUGGAACUAUAAAGCUCUGGCACGCAAACACUUACAGGCUAGAACAAUCUCUCAGUUAUGGCCUGGAAAGAGCCUGGUGUGUUAGCUACCAACGUGGCAAGCAGGGGAUUGCCAUGGGAUUUGACGACGGAGCUGUGGUGGUUAAGAUGGGUAGAGAAGAGCCUGCUGUAUCUAUGGAUGGAUCUGGUAAAAUUGUCUGGGCUAGACAUAACGAAGUCGUCUCUACUGUCAUCAAGGGCGGUGAUGCAACUCUGAAAGAUGGUGCACCUCUUUCCCUGCCAACUAAGGAUCUCGGCUCCUGUGAAAUAUACCCUCAGACACUGGCCCAUUCACCCAAUGGAAGAUUUGUUUCCGUUUGCGGAGAUGGCGAAUAUAUUAUCUACACUGCUCUUGCCUGGAGAAACAAGGCAUUUGGGCAGGCGUUAGAUUUUGCUUGGGGAUCUAAGGACAACAGUAAUGACUACGCAAUCCGAGAAUCAUCAACAAGCGUUAAGAUAUUCCGAAACUUUAAAGAGAAGAGUGGUGGGCUUGACGUUGGUUUCCACGCCGAGGGCCUAAAUUCUGGCGUCCUCCUCGGUGUCAAGGGUCAAGGUGGCAUUGGCAUGUUUGACUGGGAGACUGGUAAUCUCGUUCGCAGGAUAGAAGUCGAGCCUAGAGCUGUGUACUGGUCCGAAUCAGGAGAACUGGUUACUCUUGCAUGUGAAGGUACCUUUACGUCCUCGUUUUUCACGAGAGAUUACAUGCAGGACUCAUGCUGGACAUGCUGA